AUGAGCAGUGCAGACGUGGAUUCUACUGGGGUAAUGAUCGGUAGAGAUGCGUUAACGAACGGAAUACAUGAUCCAACGACUAAUGAUGAGACAAUAACAAAUGUCUCGACAGUAGAGAGUCAUUCGGUGAACUCGGAGUUUACUGGGAAUAAUAUCAAUAGUACUGAUACUAAUACCACAACAACAGGCUCGAAACUACAUACUGUGUUUCAUGAUGGCCUGGCUCCCGAGAUCCCACAUGUUCAAAUUAACCAAACACCAUUAUCGAUGGUCAUUAGAAAUUUGACAAUUUUUACAAUUAAAGAAAUAUCACAAUAUAUGAAAAUGAAUCUUCAUAGAACAAAUAAUGGUGGUCCAGGCAAUAAUAAUAAUAAUAAUGGAUCCUCAGUGAAGAAAGUAAAUUUUUUGCAAUUGGUAAUAUAUUUGAGAAAUCAAUUUUUGAAACUGUAUGUAUUGAUUAAAUGGGCUAGGACAAUCAAGAGUAAUAAUUUCAAUGCACUUAUUGAUUUAUUAAAUUGGUUCAGAACAACAAAUACAUCUGUGAAUAAUUGUAUAUGGGCUCUAAAGGCCAGUUUAGAUUCAAUGACUAAUGCAAAAUUACCUAAUGCCGACCUAAUCACAGCUUUGGAGGUCUUAAGUCUUGGAAGACCUAACUUACCAUCACAUUUCCUUAACAUUACUGCGGCUGGUGGAAUGAGUAAUAGAGAUAAUGAUUCUACUGUUCCACCAAAAGUUGUCCUAAAAGUUCUAAGAGAUUUGAACUUUGUUGUAUCAAUUAAAAUGGCGUUGAUGGAUUUACCACCUCAAUUUAAUGAUUAUUAUGUUAAAAAUGGUCGUGUUUAUAUCAGUGUCACUAACGAAUUCGAAAUUCAAUUAUCUACUAUUGAUCGCAACUCACCAUUUUUUUUCGUUGAUUUGAAUUUCUUAUUUAGAACAGAACAAAGUCUACCAUUAAAUAAAGCAAGAGUAGAAAAAUUAAUCAACGAUCUAUUGUUUAAGAAUAAAGAAAGAAAACCUUUGUUUUUGUUAUAUCAGUUCCUACACAAGUACAUUUUAACGUUGAAAUUAUAUAUGAUUCAUAUUGAACUACAAGCAUUAGAAAAUGUAGGGAAAUUCUCAGGCGGUAACUUAAUUCACAUUUAUGAUUCCAAGAAAAGUAUUAUCUCUGGUAGAUAUUGGAUUAAUGGGAAGAUAGGUAACAAAGGUAAAUUCACCAUUGGGGUGGACAAGAGCACUGAGAAACUGAUCUUAAGAUGGGAUAAUGAUUUUACAUCCGAGGCAUUUAGAACAUCUGAAGAUAAACUUCAUCAAAAUGGGAAUGAAAUUAAUCAAACAGAGACAAAUAUUAACACCACUGAGAAACAGGAUGACAAUAAUAAUAAUCACCAUACCAUACAUGAUAAAUUUAACAAUAUGCCUAUAAUAUAUAACCACAUUCUUGGUAAUGUUGAAAGUAUUCUGGAUGAAAUUAUGUUCAAUCAUGCAAAUGUAAUCAGAAUGAAACUUUUAUCCACAGGAAUAUUCCAAGAAGAUGAAGGUAAUUCAGACGUAUUAUUAUUCCAAUUACCAACAACUUGUAUAUCGACGGCUCCUAUUCAAAUGAAGAUAGAUCUCAUCACAGGUGUGUUUUAUUUUAAGAACCCCUCACCAUUGUUACUAGAAUAUAUUCAACAAAUUAAUAGAACUGAGAAAACCGAAGAUUUGAUUAAAAUCUUACAAAAAUUAAAAUUAGACAAGAUUACACACGUCCUACGGAAUAUGUUCGAAAAGACAGGCUGGAUUUGCAGUAAAGUGGUAAAAUUAGAUACACUAAUCCCAACACAAUUUAAAACCCAAUCUCAUGGAAGUGACUUACUUCAAAAUGAUUUAUUUAUCUCACUGCCUAAGUGGCCUGUCAAUUGGUAUCUGAUCCUUACAGUGAUAUCAUCUAACUCCUCUUGUGUUAUUGAGAAACGUAUUGGUAAGAUUUUAUCCAGUAAAGGUAAAUGGGAAUUAAAAUAUUUAGAUAUGUCCAGUAUUGUAUCUUCGAAAUUGGAGACAAUGACUUAUCAAAAGAUAAUGUCUCUUCAGAAGACUAUUUUACAUAGAAUUGUUAAUCACAUGCUAAUUGAUUCAUUAAAUGAAUUGAAGAUCAAAAACCAAAUUUGUUCCGCAGAAAGUAUAGCGAUGAACUUACCCAAGUAUGUUACCGAGGACGAUUCAUUUGACAAAGAUAAAAAUUCGACUGGAAUUAUUGGGCCUCAGGAAGAUGAAUACACUUCUAUCAUAACGAUGGAAUUGGUAUCCUUUCUAGAAGGUUCAAAUGCAUUAAACAGUAUCCUGGAAAGCUCCAUGUUUAUGAGGAUUGAUUAUACAAAUUCAGAAAUUAGGUUGUACACUAGAUUUAAAAGAGAUAUAAUGAUCAAGCAAGUACAAUGUGAAGAACUACUAAUACAUUUUGUUAAAGAUGAUAACUUGGCCUUCUAUAUGUGUGAAAAUUUUAAAUCUUUGGGCCAAAUUGUGCAUUACCUAAGCACAUUUAGACAGAAAUUAAUGCAAUUAGUUAUUUUAACUGAUGUUGUCGAGAGAUUGCACAAGAAUUUCGCAUCUGAUAACUUUAAAAUUAUUGCAUUGAAACCAAAUGAAAUUUCAUUUAAUUAUCUUAAAAACAAUGCUCCUGCUAUGUUACAGGAUAAAAAGGACAAACGAGAUUGUACAAUUAAUAUAAUAACAAGUGAUAUGAAAGUGAAAAACUUGACAGUAAAUUUGUCAAAGACAAACCCACAACACAUAAUACAACCUUUUAUUAACAACGGAAGUUAUGAUUAUCAUUUUAUCUUUAAUUACUUGCAGUUUACAUCAUCUCUCUUUACAACCCUGAGAGAUAUCAUAAACGAAAGACAAGAGAAUAAGGAUAACAGUUACACUAAAGUGAGUCUUGGUUUACAUAAUCUAAGCGAGUAUCAGUUGGUGUAUCAUAAUGCUGAGGUUGGUACAAAGAUUACAUUAAUAAUAGAGUUAAAGAAUGCUUCCCAUAAUGGUAGGAAUAAUAUCCAAUUUUAUGUGCAUUUCUCUAACGAUGAACACAUUACAACAAAAUCUGCUGCAUAUCCAAUGAUCCAUCGUGUUCGCAAUGAGAUUUUUAUCUUAGAUACUAAAGCGAACAGCUCAUUAACAGAUCCAGAACCGAAAACUUCUCCUACCAGCACCGAAGGUGUCUCUACGGCAUUGAGAAAGUUUCCACAUUCCAUUAGAUUAGUGGACGGUAUAUCAUGUGACUCAAGAGAUAUUGAGACAAUCCUCACUGAGAUCCAUUCGAUCUUAAAAGUGGACAGUAAUGAGAAGUCUAAAUAA